CUUGCCAGAAGACCAAGACACAAAAUCAAAAUCCCUGUACGUAGUAUAUAGUUCUUAAUAUCUCGGAGCGCGGCCUUCCUUAUUUUUUGGUCCGAUAUUAUAUAUAGAUAUAGAGAGAGAGGAAUCAUGGCGGUGAAAGUUUAUGGAACAAUGAGGUCAGCCUGCACUCAGAGAGUGCUGGCUUGCCUUCUGGAGAAGGGUGUGGACUUUGAGGUUGUUCAUGUCGAUCUUGGUGCUGGAGAACAAAAGCGACCUGAGUUUCUCGUCCGACAGCCGUUUGGGCAAGUUCCAGCCAUAGAGGACGACGGUUUCCGGCUUUAUGAGUCUAGGGCAAUUGUAAGGUAUUAUGCAACAAAGUACAAGGACCAGGGUCCCAACCUAUUGGGGAAUACUUUGGAAGAGAGAGCUGUGGUGGAUCAAUGGCUAGAAGUGGAAGCACACAACUUCAAUGACUUGGUUUACACUCUUGUGCUUCAGCUCGUGAUUCUGCCGCUGAUGGGAAAGCCUGGGGACUUAGCUUUGGCUCACACCUGUGAGCAAAAGCUGGAGAAGGUGCUGGACGUAUACGAGCAAAGGCUGUCAAAGAGCAGAUAUCUUGCCGGAGACACCUACACUUUGGCUGAUCUUAGCCAUCUUCCGGGCAUCAGAUAUCUCAUGAAUGAAGCUCGGAUGGGGCAUUUAGUGAGGGAGAGGAAGAAUGUGAAUUCAUGGUGGGAGGACAUCUCAAGCCGGCCUGCAUGGAAGAAGUUACUCAUGCUUGCUGCUGCUCGUUCUUAAUCACAGCAUAUUGAUUAAUCUGCAUGCAUGAUCAUUUCAUGCAGUCAUUCCUCUUGUUAAACCUAGUUAUAUAUCUAUGCUACUUAAAUCAUGUACUUCUCGUCGUGAUCACUUCAUGUCUUCUGCUUAAUAUUUGAUUUCUUUCGUCUUAA